UGUGGUGGAAGUAUACUGCGUCAUCGUCCUCUACCUUUUCCCCCACCCCACGCACCACGUACCUAACUAUUCCUCUCAUGCGAUCGGAAUUUUUCGUAACGUUCGAAAAUUGUAGUCACCCUCAGCAAAGAAGUUUCACUUCAAAAAAAAAAAGGAGAUCAUUGAACACUGCAAUGGCGUGACAAUGUCUCGGAGGUCGAAACCGGGGGUUAUAAAAGAAAGGGAAUAUUUCGAGGCUUGUGGCCGUACGCGGUGGAGCCGAGGCCACGCGCGCGGCCGCGGGUUGCGCGCCAGAGCGAAGGCAGUCGCGCGCGAGCUCUUGCGCGGGAAGCACGCACGACCUUCGCUCCCGACAGCGACGCUGCGAUAGGUCGCUAGGGGUCGACCCGCCAGGCAAGUGUCUUCCGACGGCCGCCAGCUCACUGACGCUUCUGGGGGACCUCGUCGCCAACGACAGUGGACGAUGCUGUCCUCGGCGCUCGACAGGCUCUGCGGCGGCUGCUGGACGAUCCUGCUGCUGGUGUGUCCCGUGCUGGGCUGGACUCUGCUUGCCUGCAUGCUGGCAGACUGGCUGCUCUGCUGGCCGGCGCUGCUGUACCUGGGCUGGAUGUGGCUGGACAGGAACACCCCGUACCGCGGCGGCCGGAGGCUGGAGUGGACCAGGAGGUUGGGGCUGUGGCGGAGGGCCGGCAGCUACUUCCCUCUGGAGCUGGUGAAGACCGCCGAGUUGCCUCCGGACGGGAACUACCUGCUGGUGGUGUGCCCGCACGGGGUCUUCUGCCACGGCGCCUUCCUCGCGUUCUGCACCGAGGCGGUCGGCGUGAGCCAGAGAUUCCCCGGGAUCACCUUCAGGCCCUUCACGCUCAACAUCAACUUCUACUCGCCUUUUGUGAGGGAGUUCCUCAUGGCUCUGGCAGGUUUCUGCUCGGUGUCGGCGGCCUCUCUGGAGAACUUCCUACGGGAUCGUCGGUGCGGCAACAACGCCCUCUGCCUGGUGGUGGGCGGGGCCUCGGAGGCGCUGCUGAGCGAGCCGGGAACCUACAGGCUGGUCACCAGGCGGAGGAGAGGGUUCGCCAAGCUGGCCCUGAGCCACGGGGCGCGGCUGGUGCCCGUGCUGGUGUUCGGGGAGACUGACCUGUACGACCAGGUGCGGCGACCCUGGCUCGCCAGGAUCCAGGAGCAGGUGAAGGACCUGACCGGGGUGAGUCCUGUCCUCCCGCUGGGCCAGGGACUCCUGCAGGACCGCUUCGGGCUGCUGCCCCGCCGCAGACCUCUCACGGCGCUCGUUGGGGCUCCGAUGUUCGUGGAGGCUGUGGCCGACCCAACCAGGAGCCAAGUGGAAGCGCUGCACGCGGAGUUCAUCAAGCAGUUGGCAGACCUGUUCGAGACCCACAAGCACCAGUACCUCGCCGACGCUGCUGACGACACCCACACCACAUUUGUGUGACGAGACUAGUGCAUACUUUUUGAUAGGUCCACGCAAGGCAUUGGUCUCGUGUGGAAUGAUGAGUUAUCCCCCAUAAGCAAGGCUCUGGUCUCAUCAUUCCACACGAGUUAUCCCCCCCCCCCUUAAUCGUUUUCCAAAGAACUUGGCAAGCCUGCCUAUGUCAGGAGAAAAGUGAUCUUGUUCUUGGUAUGCACCAUGAGAAUGACGACACAAACCCGGCUGGCAAGCUGAAAUGUGCCAAUUUUGGACCCAGCUUUAAACGGGCUCGUUGUUGAGGUGAAUAAACAUCUAACUAUUCAAUGACGUAUUGUUCGGGAAUCCCCAUGCUGUUGAUAAGUGAAGUGAGUGAGUUUUGUUCAAUAUUUUCCAUGUUUAUAAUCAUUUAAGUCAAAAUCACUAAUUUUCACACAUAAAGCAGAGAGUUCGCAAUGAAGUGUAAUGUCUCGUUAACGAAUACUGACUUCAUGGAUGGCAUUGUAACUGUUCUUCCGCAGCGAGUUGCUUUGUUGCUGUUAAGCAAAUUCAUUGCAUAACUGUAUAGAUUAAUACGUUCAUGAAGUAACAUCACACAAGUGUUUGUUGCUUACGUUAGUUAUUUUGUCUCAAUUGUUGUUGCAUUGCUGAAUACCAGGCAGAGUGUAGGAGACAUGAAUGUGUACACAUUAUUAUAUGAUCCCCUUCUAUUUUUAUUCUUGAGAUAAAUACCUACAAGAGGUGCAGUUAGCAAAGCACUUCAUCGAACGAUGAAGACAAAGUUACGUGAUUAUUUCCUGUUGAAACCAAAGAGCUCCUUGGAAGUCAAGUGUCAUGUACAGAACUUCAGUAAAAAUAUAUGAAUCAUAAAUAGUAAUUUGUAAAGCUCAUAUGUAUGUGGAAUAUAAUAAAGGAAAUUUCAAAUAUGUUUA